CUGGGCCUCCCAUCCCACACCCCAGAUCCUUGCCUGCUCCCGUCACUCUCAGCAGUGUCCGGAACUUGGUGCCAUGAUGUGGUUCUCUGUUUCUUUUUCCAAGCACCUCUGGCACUCGCCGAACGUUUUGAGCGGAUAUGUAUCGGACCCAUAGAAUCGUGUGUAUGGAGAGGCCACAUGGUUAGGCUGAAAGACGAGUUAUACGGGUCUCGACCCCAGGGAUGGGUGCAUCAAGAAUGGACGGACCGUAUUUUGCUUUCUCGCCAUUCCACAUCCUUACUCCCGGCGGUAUUUCGAGUGACAGUUUGGUACUGGAUCCCGUUCGUCUGUUUUGCAGCAUCGUUGAUGGUCAUUCCGAUUAAACCUCGCCCCGUGGACGAUCCUUCCGGAAUGAUGUAUAUGGCUGUCAUUCGGCAUAGCCAGGAGCACAGACUUGGAAAGAUCUCAAUUUAUGUUCAUUAUUGUCGCAUUGUCGUGUUGAAUUUCAUCUUCGCCUUACUGCUGUGUACACGGAAAUGCGACGCUCUCUCUUCCUCUCCCGCUGCUGUUUUUCUUCUUCUCGUUUGCCUGCGAUUUCUCCGCAUCGGACAGCAUUACCUCGUUUGGAUAUUCUCUAUCCUACACUCAGACAUAGCCAAUGCAUAGAUAUAAACCAUCUCGCUCGAUGUUUGGUUGCCAUUGUAGUGUCAUUGACGGUCGUUAAUGGGCCGAUCUUUGAUAUUUGAUUCUUGGGGCAGGGAUUGGAGAGC